AUGGUGCAAUCCUUGCUGGGACCACCCAUCGCUCAAGUUUGCGACGGCCUCGACCUGGUCCCAACUGCUGCUUCUACCGCGCUGUUCCGAGCGCGUACGCAAAUGUACCACAACUAUAAUCGUGGUUCAUGUCGUUUUGACCCGACUAUAGAUUAUAUGGUCGACAGUCUAUCAUUUAUUUUCGACUUUUUUGCCGAACGUCACAUUGCACUGAAGGAGGAGUGGCUCGUCGACGUCACCACUUUCUUGUUGUCCACCUUCGAAGCCGAACAAAGUCUACCUCGUAUUGCUGGUUUGGUAUUCGAGCAGUGGAAAUAUUCGGAUUUGAAAGAGUCCUCCUAUCCUACUUUUAGUCAACUUAACCUUGACAGUGCAGAUGUCAAAUUCUCUUUCAAUCAUCCUCUUGUACUGCAGAUCAAUUCCAUUGUGGAUAUCGGAGCACCAUUUCAUUUCCAGUUCACCGCUUUAGUUUCUGAGUUUAUUGAUGAUACUGGAUUCGAUCCCUUACCUGAGAUGGAGCAAGAGCGUUAUUCGAAUGUUUUGGCGGCAAGUCAGCGUCGCAUGCUUUUGCUAACACUAAGUGAUGGUGAAAGUGACUUCAGAGCCAUAGAGUACAAGUCGAUAAAGCAACUUUCGCUACUUCUUAAGCCAGGAUGUAAGGUUCUUCUCAUUCCUCCCGUUCGGUGCAGGAAAGGAAUACUUUUUCUCAAACCUGAAAACAUUCAGAUUAUAGGUGGUGACGUCGAGUCAUUAUUUGAAACGGGCCGACCACUUCAGAUCAUUACAAAGAAGAUGAACGAGAUCAGCCCUGAUUUCGAAGUCAAAAAGAAGAAGCAGACUAAGCCACACAUCCAUUCGUCAAAUUCUGCUCAACGCGAUUCGAACUCGAGUUCAGAGAAGCCUUGUGGUGGUGCCAACAUGCCUAAAGUGAGUUCAAAAGAAGCUUCAAACUUGUUGGAGGGAACCAUGGCUCUUGACGUCGCAGAUAACAGAUUAUUUCUCAGUGACACCAUGCAUAACGAGCAUCAAUGUACUCGACCGAAACCGGUCGCUCAGGUUUCCCCAAUGUAUCCGACCUCUCGUCGUGCUUCGCUGGAAUCAAAAAAGUCCUUUUCUGAUUCUGAUGAUAAACAUCCAACGAAAGCGAGGUCUGGUGCUGGAAAUAAGUCGACUUCUGCAAUUGAAAUCAAGGAUACGAAGACGACCGCUGUCUCUCCAGCACCAUCUGUUUGUAAUCCUGAUUCUCUCAUCUCUGUGAAGGGAUCCUCCGCCAUUACCGAACGGAGCAGUGGAGAUCGAGAUUAUCUUCAAACGCAAUCCUCAUCGGCGAUGAAGCGAAGCAAGGAAAACAAAUUGAAGAGUUUGUUGACGAAGAAGUUUACCCCUGAAAUCGUCAAAUUGGAAGACAGUGAUAGUGAAUGUCAAGUCGUCGGCACUUCAUCUCCCGUGACUACACCACCAGCAUACGCAACUCAGAUAUUACCACAAACAUCUCAGGCUGCUGAGGAUGCUUUGAUUGCUAAAUUCCGUGCGUUGAACGUUGUACGACUUGCAGAAGCUUGCAGGCUUAUGCGUUUUACAGUUGGUUCAUGUCGCAAAAUUGUUCAGGGAAUAGUUGUGGAUAUUGUAGGCUCUUUACGGAUAGUUGAUGGAAUGUGGACUAUGAAGGUUACUGUGCAAGACGAAUCGAUUGAUAAACUGAUGUGCCUUGUUGAUAAUCGAUUGCUCACAUCGCUUAUCGGUUUAACACCUAAAGAAGCAAUGGAAAUUCGUUCAUCUAGCGACAUUGGCCGACGACAAGAUGGUCAGCGUAGGCUCGCUGCUGUGGAAGCACAAUUGAAACGACUGGAUCUACUACACUUGUACAAGCUCUUGAUGUACUGUAGUACAAUAGUGGAUCUCGUGUCGCCUAUGAUACUUUUCAGUCAUUUCUUAGCUCAUAGUUUGCAUACUGUAGACAGUUUGUACCGGCACUUCCACGGCGUCUGGCCGGCUUAUAGUUCAAAUCUACCCUGGAACAAUUUCGUCUGGGAGGGAACUGCUCUGAUUUCACAUCAUGCGAUUGAGCGUAAUAAAUAA